AUGCAGCUCAGUUUCUUUCUAUCCGCACUCUUUCUAUGGGCGGAAGCCCUCCCCUCUACACCGAGGCGACAUGACACGCAGAAAUCUAUUGAUUUACCAGAGCUCUUUUCUCGGGCCACAAGCUCCAAGAUUUGGAAUGUUGCGGUAGACCAUCUUGGGAAGCUCCCAAAUAAAUUCCCCGACAACAUUCCAGGAUUCACAUCCAACAAUGGGGCUUAUCUCUUCAGCGACAUCUCCGCAUGGACCAGCGGCUUCUUUCCCGGCUCUUUGUAUGCCCUCCUCGAGCGCAACACGCGAUUCCCGAGCCACCUCGACCUCGGAAAUUCAAGCCAAGUAGCUCUACAUGCCCGUCUCCUUGCGCUCUCACGCCAGUGGUCAGAUCCACUGCAUGAACAGGCAAAACGCACCGAUACCCACGACAUGGGAUUCUUGAUUGUCCCUGCUCUGCGCAAAGACUGGGAACUGACUGGCAACACUAAAAGUCUGGAGUCGGUCAUUACCGCAGCACACAGUCUGGCGACUCGAUACGAUCCUCAAGUGCGAGCGAUUCGCAGCUGGGAUAAUCUGAUCAACAAGCGACAUGAUAUCAGAGAUAAGACAACCGACUUCUUGGUGAUUGUGGACAGCAUGUGCAACCUUGAUUUGCUCUAUUAUGCUGGGUACCAGACAGCCAACCGAACAUUGGUUGAUAUUGCCACCACCCAUGCACAUACGGUGAUACGCGACAUUAUCAGGGAGGACCAUUCAACUUUUCACCUUGUCAACAUCGAUCCCAGGAACAAUAGUGUGAAGUUCCAGGAGACAGUACAGGGAUACAAAGACUGGUCGACCUGGAGCAGAGGCCAAGCCUGGAGUAUCCUCGGCUAUGCGCAGACCUAUCAAUGGACGAAAGACCCCGUGUUUCUGGACACUGCGAAAGGCCUAGCAGAUUAUUUCAUCGGUCGCCUCGACGAAUCCUCUCACAUCCAUCCCUACGUUCCGCUGUGGGACUUUGACGCCCCAGUCACCGCGGGCAAAUUACCACCGCGCGAUACAUCAGCCGGUCUGGUCGCAGCCAAUGGACUGCUUCUGCUUCACCAGAUCCUUGAAGGGGACUCCCCGUAUUUGGAACGUGCUUUGCGCAUUGUAGCUGAGACCGUGGAUUUAUCUACGGCGCCGCCGAGCUGGGAGUCUAUCUUCAUGAAUGCGACCAUCAGUAACAACGAGUUUUCGUCGGAUCGGUCGAAUAACACGGGGCUUGUGUAUGCGGACUUUUACUUUCUGGAAUUCGGCAAUCGGCUGUUACAGAUGGGAUUGGUCUAA